UCUAGUCACACGUUAAGAAUUGAUGAAGUUUCAUUGGGAAUAUCAUUUUAGGGGAAAUACUUCUGUUUAGUCCUCAUAUGCGCUGCUUUCUCUGACUAAAGGGGCUUGCGUGGAAGUGGGAGGGUGGUUGUGUGUGUGAAAUCUGCUACUCUAGAAACAAAACAAAGUUAAACAGGGUCACUUAACUAUUCAGUGGUGAGCAAUGACAGAUAUGCAAAGCCUGGUUGAGCGGUUGGAGAAGGCUGUGGGUCGCUUGGAAGCUGUGUCCCAAAGCCCUGGCAUGUAUGGAGAUGGCUCUUCCAAAGGAAUAGCUGAGUAUGUUCAAGCUUUCGACACUGUCCUGGCUGGUCCAGUAGCAGAAUAUAUGAAGAUCAGCAAAGACAUUGGUGGCGACGUUCAGAAACAUGCUGAAAUGGUCCAUACAGGCCUGAUGACUGAGAGGGUUCUCCUGGUGACCUCAUCGCAAUGUCAGCAGCCGUCAGCCAAUAACUUCUCAACGCUACUGAAACCCAUUUCAGAGCAAAUCCAGGUGGUGCAGAACUUCCGGGAGAAAAAUCGUGGCAGCAAACUGUUCAAUCACCUAUCAGCUGUCAGUGAGAGCAUCCCGGCACUAGGCUGGGUGGCUAUGGCCCCAAAGCCUGGACCCUAUGUGAAGGAAAUGACGGAUGCGGCCAUGUUUUACACCAACCGGGUCCUCAAGGAAUACAAGGAUGUAGAUAAGAAACAUGUGGACUGGGUGAAAGCUUAUCUGAGUAUCUGGUCAGAGCUGCAGGCAUACAUCAAAGAGUAUCACACCACUGGGCUGACCUGGAGCAAAAUGGGUCCUAUAGCAAAAGAGAUGGGCAAUGCACCUGCAGCACCCCCUACUGGUGCUGCUCCUCCACCACCUGGUCCUCCCCCGCCUCCUGCUCCAGGCCCCACAAACUCUGGUUCAGAUGACUCUGUUUCGCGCUCAGCACUGUUUGCCCAGAUCAAUCAGGGAGAAGGCAUUACCUCUGCCCUGAAACAUGUUCCAGAUGAUAUGAAGACUCACAAGAACCCAGGGCUGAAGAAUCAAGGUGGCCCUGUCCGAACAGGACCCAAACCAUUCACUGCUCCCAAACCAGCCUGUGCAGCUAACCCACCCAAAAAAUCAUCCCCAAAGAAGGAACCGGCGAUGCUAGAGCUGGAGGGCAAGAAAUGGAGAGUGGAAAACCAGGAUAAGGCCUCCAAUCUGGUGAUCAGUGACACAGAACUGAAGCAGGUAGCAUAUAUAUACAACUGCAUGAACAGUACACUCCACAUCAAGGGCAAAAUCAACUCCAUCACAGUGGAUAACUGUAAGAAGCUAGGUCUGGUGUUUGAUGAUGUGGUGGGCAUCGUGGAGAUCAUAAACUGCAGGGACAUUAAAGUUCAGGUAAUAGGUAAAGUGCCAACAAUUUCCAUCAACAAGACAGAUGGAUGCCACGUGUAUCUGAGCAAGAACUCCCUAGACUGUGAGAUUGUCAGUGCCAAGUCUUCAGAGAUGAAUGUCCUCAUACCCACAGAGAGUGGUGACUUUAACGAGUUCCCUAUCCCUGAACAGUUCAAGUCCCUGUGGAAUGGAAAGAAGCUGGUUACCAGUGUGACGGAAAUUGCUGGUUAAGCAGAAUGGCAUUGGGACUUGUGCCUCCCCUUGCCCUGGCUGUGGGACAAAUCUGCUUUCAGAUGAUUCUCUUAGAUUUCCUGUACCUUUCUGCUCUCAAACUGCUUCUCUGUCUUCUACCUGAGAGACACAGCUACCUGCCUUCACUGAAAUACCUUGGGCUGGGAUUUGGUGUAGGGUGGUGGGUCAGUUGAUCAUCUGCAUCUAUCAGCAGGAAGGUGCAUCAUCCCCCUCUUGUCAGAUCUAACCACACCAAUCAAUCAUGUCUGACUCCUGGCAAACUUCAGAGCCAGGAUUGGUGGUUGGCUUUCAGAUUGUUCCAUGGGUUUGUAUUGUGUUAUCUUCAGACAAAUUGUUUAUGUGAGAAAGGAAUGUUGUCCCUAUUUGAAUUGACAUAAUGGUGUCCUUAUCAGGUCUGUAGUUCCCAGCUUGGUAAGUUGAGCUGGCAGGUAUGUUUCAGGAAGGUACUAUGAGCUGCUACUAACUCCAGUGAUGUGUACUAAUCCGUCAGUGGCAUUACAAGAUAUGGGGGAUGGCUUUGCUGGACCAAAGGCUGAGGACUGGGCGUGUAACAUUCCACCUUGAGUUUCCCUUUCAACACUCCUAUUUGCCCUGUGUAAUUCUCUUUGUGCCAUGAUGGGGAGCUUUGCAGUAAACAGGGGCCAUAGAAGACUGCACUGGAGUAAAUGAUCCACUCUGCUGUCUGUCCAGGGUUAGAAGCUGAAGUUUCCAUUUCCCUAUGAGCCCUUCUCCAAAAGGGAUCUUCACCCAAGGGGGUCCUUCUAAGCAGCUGAACUCAAGUUCAGUCUUCCAAGACAGUUCUUCUGAACCUGUCUCUCCUUCCUAGUGAGGGAUGCUUCUUCAUUUGAAAUUCAGUAUUUGAUUUGUAAACAAGAGUUCGACUAAGUCAGUUCCAGCGUUCAUCCUCACUCAUGCUUAGUUACUAUUUAAUGUGAAACUGUUCUCAGCCUCUCCCCUUCCCCUGUUGCUUGGCUCUAUACUCUGCUGGAGGCUUGCAGCCUCUUUUCCAGGGCUGCAUUGAUCUGAAAAGGGAGCUGCAUAUGCUUGACCUUCGUGUUUCCCUGUUUCUGGUGGCAUCAGCAUAUCCGACUGCAUUUCCUCUGUACAUUGUCCAAUGGUUUUUUCUCUAGGAUGAAACUCACAAAAUAUGCAAUCUUUUUUUAUUUUGAGACUGCCCUGUAACUUGUACUCAUCUUCUCCUGAGGCUCGUGGGGGAGAAAAAAGCCUUUCUUAUGUACUUAAAAUUAUACAGAAGAUUAGAAUAAAGUUCAUGCCAACCUGCUCCUUA